UCCCACUCUCUGUCAGACCUUGCUAAGAAAAUUCUCAUGUUUACUAGUUUGUACUUUUUGAUGAGGCUAUUGAGAAUCUUCUUGUCAAGAUUCCAUUUUUGUAUGUAUAGUUUUUGAAGAGAUAAGCUCAAUGUUCACUUUGAGAUGAAUGAUAGCAUUGAUUCAAUAAAAUGAGCCACUCCUUCUGAGCUUGUCAAACUCUUGUACUCUCUAGACCCAGUCAGGUCAAGACUUGUAAUUCUGAACUUAAUUUUUGGGUUGAUGUCAAGAUUAGAAACAUCAAUCUGGCAAUCAUGAAAAUUAAGAGAUUUUAACUGGCUACAUUUUACAAAGACUUUCUUAGCUUCUUUGGGUAAGAAAGCUAUAUGAGUAAAGGUUACCUCAUGAGUUAUCACUGAGAUUGAGGUGAAGAACAACCUUUUAGCAUGCCUAUACCUCAAGCAUGGUUCACUGAGAUCCGUAUGCAUAAGUGAUAAACAAGAGACAUGCUUAAGCCCUCUAGCUAAGAGAGAACUCUUAUGUGAUUUAGUGCUCAUGAUUCUUCAAGAGACAUCCCAUUUGAUCUUUUGAGAAUGGGCCAUAGAAAUCUUGUUUGUCAUCUUCCUAAAAAGUUGGUCGGAAUCUGAUGAUAAAUCUGAUACGAUGUACUGAGCUUGUAUAAAUUCUGAAGGGACCUCAUCAUAGAUUUUUAGGAAGGUACUCUUGAUUAUAUUUGUUUGAAUAGAAAUAUCUUGGCUCAUAAUCUUCCACUCAUCAUUUGUCGUAUCACUUCUGGUUAACAAUUUGUGGCCA